AGUAUUUUCUGAUUUUUUCUUUUACUGCCUUAAUUUUUGUUUCUUUAUUUUAAUCAUAAGAAACUGUAUUAGAUAUAUACCAACUGAUGCAGUUGCCCUAAUAAUAAGUCUUGUUGUAAGAAGGAGAUGAUUAAUUCGUCUCAGAAUAUUGGUUGUCAAAAGAACCACGUCGUUAAUAACGUCUUCUUUAAUAAUCAUCAAACUAGAUUAUAGUUUAUCAUAACAGAAAGAGAAAACCUGAAGGUGAGUUGGCUAGCUCUAAAUAGCAAAAACUUCUCCAAGCCAACCAAAAGUUUGAGUAGUGCAACAACAACCACUUACUUUUCCCAUGCAAACCCUAAUUUCCGCAUCAUCUCUCAAUUCUCUCUCGUUCGUGCUCCCUCUAAGCCAAUCUCCACCGCACAUCCUAGUAACUCCCACCUUUCUAUGGAGGGGCCACGGCUUCCUCCUUCCGCCACCUUCCAUGAAUCUGACGAUGACAAAUCCGACGAUCCUCCUUCCGCCUGGCACCGUCCAACCUCGAGUCUCUCCGCAUUGCCCUCUCAAGAUCCUCCACCACACCAUUGGCGUAAUCAUUCUCUUAAUCUCUCUCCAAUCCUGGCCACACCUCCGCGGUCUCUCCCUCCUCCCCAUUCAAUCCCAGAGCUAGAGACUUACGUUGUCCAGGUACCGAGAGAUCAAGUCUAUUGGACUCCUCCUCCUGAACACGCAAAAUACGUCGAAGAACGCCGUAAUAACCCGGAGAAAAACAAAAAGAAUGGGUGCUCUAAACGUCUUAUGUGGUUCUUUAUCAUCUUGAUCUUUUUUGGAUUCAUCAUUGGUGCAAUCACCCUUAUCCUUCAUUUCGUUUUCAACCCCACUCUUCCAGUUUUCGCAGUCGAGAGAUUAACGGUAAAACCUAAUAAUAUCGAGAUCACGUUUAGAGCCGAGAAUCCGACGUCUAACAUGGAGGUAAGCUAUAUGAUGGAAAAAACCGGUAUGAUUUCAUUAACAUACAAGAACAAGAGCCUGGGACGCGGGAAAUUCCCAAAGAUGUCCCAAGCGGCGUCUGGAUCCGACAACGUCAAUGUAAAGCUCAAUGGGUCGACCAAGAACGCCGUUAUGCCACCUCGGGGAUCGAAACAACCGGUGAGUUUGGUGCUGAUGAUGGAGCUUAAGGCGGACUAUGAAGCAGGACCAUUGAUAAAGAACAAGGAAGUUGUGGUGACUUGUGAUGUUAAGUUUAAGGGGUUAUUAGAUGCCAAGAAGGUCGAGAUUGUGUCGGAGAAUUGUGAGAGUGAGUUCAAGAACUGACAGUCUAUAUCAUAUAAGGUGAUUGCGUCGUAGAGUUACAGUGUGCUGUAAUGAUUUAUACUUAUGAUGUAAUGUUCAAUUGUUUAUUUUUAAUUUGUUCUCCAAAUGUCUUUGUUUUUACACUAUUGUUGAGCGACAAAAGAAAACGUG